CAGCCAGUCAGCCAGCGAGUGAGUAGUGAGUUAGCCAGUAAAGCAGCGGUAGUAGAAGCCUGAGAAUUGGAAUGGUUUUUCUGCCGGCCACCAGCAACAGCAGAUAGCACGCUCUACUACAGGAGAUAUAGGUGUGGACUGUCCUAGCCCAUCUCACACUCACUCGGACUGCAUGCAGCACAACACAGGAUAUAACCUCGCAUGACAGUGUGGGACUGCCUCUCCAGUACAUAGCUGUGUAAGCUAGGAUAGCCCAGUACAUAGCUGUGCAAGCUAGGAUAGCGUGUUGGCAGCGGUGAGACGGUGUUUUGUCGUGUGUGAGAGAGUAUAUCGUGUAUAGUGUACACCAGUACAGGUGGUGGAAGAUCGCAGCAGACGGGUUAGCACGCCAGCGUACCAUUGUGUCAGAGUGAGUGUGUGUGUGUGGAUUAUACAAGCAAGGUUUCAUUGAUUCACUCACCGCUCUAAAAAGGAUCGAGGGUGGCUAACAUUUCGUUGGGUUGUUGGGUGUUUGUUUUUUCUUGUGGCGUUACACACAGCUGAGCAAAGCAUACGAGGAAACGAAUGAACAUACGGGUGCGGAAUUACAACUCGGUAGUUGUUGGGAUAGAGAAAGAGACUCCAGCGUGGGUUGUGUGUUGGAUGUACACAGGUGCUGCAAAUCGCCUAGCUCAAUGAACAGUUCAAGAUGAUAGUCCGGUUACCAUCUAUUUGUUUCCUCCUAGCCCUCACGGCUAGGUGGGUUUUUGCUCAAAGUGCUCCACCAGAAGAAAACCGACCGCCUAGCAUAAUAAAAAAUCCACCCAGACGGUUGUAUUACAUAAAGAAGGAACAAAUAGAUUUAGGAUGUAUAGCAACAGCUGAUACAAAACCCCAGUAUAUAUGGUUAAAAGAUGGAAAAGAAUUAAACCUGACUCUACCAGAGAAUGUAAAUCGUAUGACAUUAAAAUCGGGUGUUGGAAGUUUAGUGAUAAACCCGUCGACGGAGACCGAUGCUGGGGUGUAUCAGUGUAAGGCUGUGAACAAUUACGGCACGUCUCUCUCGGUGAGGAGUAACGUACUGCAGGCCAUCAUGAUCCCGUUCAAAACGGUCGUGGAGCCCGAGAAGAAGAAGCCACUGCUAGGAUACUCGUUAAAGCUGGUGUGCGAACCGCCCGAGAGUUACCCGCCCGCCAAGUUGAGCUGGGUGCUGAAUGCAAUGAAGUCGGACGAUGAUGUGGAUGAGGACGAUUCCGAUGACGGAUUCAACUCGGUCACUCUCAAUGACCGCAUCACCAUGGACUAUAAAGGAAAUUUAUACUUCACAAACGUGAAGCCAGAGGACGCCCAAAAUGGACAGAAAUAUGUCUGCAUGGCCUACAAUGAUAAAGUGCGCAGUUAUAACCAAGGCGAGGACAAACUGGUUGAACCUAUUGGAAAUGCUCCUGCAAAUAUGCCAGUGGAAAUAAUGUGGCAUUCAGAGAAAAUCAUUUUAACUCUUUUAGCAAAAACAGUGAGACUCAAGUGUAUCUUCUCUGGAAGUCCCCAGCCUUCCAUUGAGUGGCGGCGUGUUGACAACAAACCUCUGGAUGCAUCUCGCAUGGAGCAGAGCAGCGAUGGUUUUGAGCUGGAGAUCAAGAACAUCCAGUACGAUGACAAGGGACAAUAUGAGUGCCAGGGCUUGAACCCACAGACGCCGAUACCGCGGACGGUCACGUUCACAUUAUCUGUGGAGUCCCGUCCUUAUUGGAUAAAAGAGCCAAAAGAUCAAGAAGUGGGUGUUGAAGAGGGUGCAGUAUUUUCCUGUAAAGCAGACGGCAUUCCCAAACCAACAAUUCAGUGGUUUAUUAAUGGAGAACCAUAUGAAUCUGCUAAAUCAAAUAAAAAUCGAGAACUGAAGAACAAAGUGCUGUACUUCACCAAUCUCCAGAAAGCCGACAGUCUGGUUAUUCAGUGUAAUGCAUCCAACAAACAUGGCUACCUGUGGGCUGAUGUUUAUCUUCAUGUCUUAGCUAUUCCGGCAAAGGUGAUCAAAAAGCCAUCAGCUGAACAGAAGGUUGCCUCGGAGCAGGCUGUGACGUUGAAGUGUGAGUCUGUGGGGAAACCAACACCCGAAGUGCGGUGGUUCAAGGGUGCCCAGCAGUUGAGUGACGGUGGUCGGCACAAGAUCCAGCCCAAUGGAGACCUCCUUAUCAAGAAUGUAAACAUCAAGGACAGUGGUAAUUACAGGUGCUAUGUGAAGAACAAGUUUGGACGAGAUUCGGCGAAUGGAACGUUGAUGGUUCGACGUAAAACACGUAUUGACUCCCCGCCAAUAGACCAAGAAGUGAUCCAUGGCAACGAAGUAACGUUUACGUGCGGGGCCUCCACCGACCCCAACGAGUCCCACAAUCUCCAUUACGCCUGGACCAAGAACGGUCAGCCGCUGGCCACUAGUGACCCCCGGAUACAGCAGAAUGAAGGAGAUUUGGUGAUAAACGAUGUGAAAAGCAGCGACACGGCUAACUAUACGUGCGUGGCAUCCAACAACCUAGACAACGCUACCUCUUCUGCAGUACUCAGAAUAAAAGCACCUCCGGAUGCUCCAGCCGACGUUAAAAUUCAAGAGUGCUUUGCGAAGGCUGCCACAGUAAUCUGGGAAUUCUCCGAAAGUCUGCAGAACUUCUCACCUCUCCAGAACUUCAUUGUUGAAUACAACACAACGUAUAAACCUAACAAGUGGAUCAUUGUGAGCAGGCCACGGAAGAAUGCAAGACGAGCGAAGAUAAAGCUGUCGCCUUUUGCAUUGUACACGUUUCGAGUGAAGGCUGUGAACAAGAUUGGCAUCGGUAAAGCCAGUAAUAUCACCAGCCCGGUUUGUAGAACACCGCAGUCCAGACCCGACCGAAAUCCAAGGAAAGUGGGAUCCAUUGGAGACCGCACCAAAUACCUCAUUGUGGAGUGGGAGCCUAUGUCAAAAAUUGACCACAAUGGUGAAGACUUCAAGUAUGAGAUCAUUGUGCAAGAGCUGGGUUCCAAUGGGAAUGGUGUGCUGCGCUACAUUGAGGACGACUAUACGGUGGGAAGGAAGGAGAUUCCAGUGAACACCAUCUACAAACCGUACAGGAUCACCGUCAAGGCAAAGAACAGAAUAGGUGAACCUUUGAAGAAACCAAAGGCUGUCAUCGGCUAUUCAGGAGAAGCAGCACCAAUAGUAGUGCCUGAAAACUUUGAAUUGGACCCGGAUUACAAUGUGACGGCAACCAGUGCUCACUUCCGUUGGGACCCAGUCGACACCUCAGAGGAGAAAAUUCGAGGAAAAUUUUCAGGCUACAAGGUUCGAUUCUGGAAGGCUGAUCAAGAGGAGACAACUCGACACGAGAUUUUGAUUCCUCAUGAAGAACCCGUAUCCGGUUCCCGCCGGCGCAGAGCGGCUGAUGGCAAGAUCAGGGCAGCUGUUCAGAACCUGCCGUCGUUUUCUGAAAUAAUCGCCGACGUUGUAGUUGUGAAUACGUACUUCAGCUCCAACUCCAGUAACCAAGUGAACUUUACCACACCAGAAGGAGUUCCGUCGAUGGUGAGUUAUUUCUUGGCUCUUCACCGUGGAUCAACUCACCUUCUCCUGGAGUGGGGUCCCCCCACAGAACCUAAUGGAGUCGUAACCGGAUAUGAAGUUGGAUACCAGAAAAUUGAAGGUUUUCGUCUCGGGGAUAGUGAAAUAGCUGAGCAAAUAGAUGAUCCUAAAACGAGACGGAUAUUUCUUGGUGGACUUGAGGAAGAUAGUACGUACCGAGUCUUCGUCUAUGGCCUGACAAAACAAGGCAACGGCGAACCGUACUACAUUGAUGUUAGGACGGCCGAUAUUAAUGAAGAACUGGCACGACCCGAGAUCCUGGAUGUAAUGGCUGCAUCCGAUUCAGUUAAUGUUUCCUGGAGGUUGCCCGACAGAAAAGAGCAGAGAGUGGGAGACUUCUAUUAUCUUCAGUAUAGAAAAAUGGGAGACAGCCAGUACAAACGAGUAAUUGAGGAUGAACAUCUCAACUUCUGGCAGAUGAUUGACGGUUUGGAAGGCGGGACUCAGUACGAGGUGCGUGUUGUCACGGUAUCGGGGAGUACCCAGGAGUCGAGUGAGAAGAGGACGUUUGUAACGGGAGGAGUUGCUGCCAAGCGUAGUAGUGUGUUGUCUGCGGGAUGGUUUAUAGGAAUGAUGGUUGCCAUAGCAAUUCUUCUCCUCAUUCUCAUCAUCGUCUGCAUCAUCAAACGUAACCGUGGUGAUAAAUAUCAUGUUCAAGAAAAAGAGCGAUUAAGGGGAUGCAAUCCAGAAGAAGGAACCGAUCAUUUCAAUGAGUAUGGCAAGAGUGACAACAAUGGAAUUGGUCAGAGUGGUUCGUUUGACAAUAAUCCUGAGAAAAUGCCGCUGGGUCCUUAUGAUGCAGACAGCCUUGAGGAGUACGGUGAUGUCGAUCCAAGUCGCUUUAAUGAAGAUGGCUCUUUCAUUGGUCAAUAUGGAGACCAGAAGGUGGAGCCUAUCGACACGCCCAACCCAUCUGGUCUGUCAGCAUUAUAGAUCCGCCCCCUGGAUGGAAAUUAUUCGCAGAUUUCAUUGUUUAAUUUACUUUGGCAAAAUGUUUUUGUUUUUAUCCUGAAAGUGUUGUUAAUGGAUAUGUCAUGUUGACUAAGAUACAAGGAGGAUAUAUAAUUUUAAAAAAACAAUAUUUACAAGACUAUUUAUGUGACAUCAUGACAUUCCAUAUAUGGUAAUGCUCUGCAUAAAAAGAAAAAAGGAGGAAGAUGAUUGGAUGACUUGCAUAAGAGGAUGAACAUAAUCAGAUGCCUCUUAAAGGAGGAAGGUUUUGAUUGGAUACAAUACACCGGAGCAGGAAAAUGAUUGGAUGUUCUGCAUCAAAAUGAGUACUGAAAGCAGACGUGUACAGACAAAAAGAUUUCUGCUGUGCAAUAUUUUGUGCUAUUACUAAGGUUCUGCAGUGCUGGGUUCAUGGCACAGUCUUCCCAAUUAUGGAAGUUGGAAUAACAAGGAGUUCCAUUUACAGUGGUUUAUUACGAUUCGCCUUAUGGUUGGUUCAUUGUAGGAGACCCACAUUUUUAAUAAUCAUUUUUGCAAUUUAUGAUAUAUUAUUGAAGUUUAUUUUUACUAAUUUUCAUCCAAAAUGUGAGAAAUUAUAUUUUAUUCUUAAAUUUGCCAUGUGAUGCAAGUUAGUUCUUUUGAUCAGUACAAUGCUAGUGAUGUAGUGUUAGACACAUCGUAUUGUUGGUUGUGAACAUUAUGCUUCUGUGUACUGUAGUUGUAAUCUAUAGUAUUAAUGUAUGCCAGUGCUAUGGUAAGCGGUUUUGUGGUUGUGCUUGAACACAGAAGUGAUUGGAUAUGUAAAUAUACAUAAAAAUGGUAUAUUUGGAUACAGAGAUUGGUUGACAGUUUGUCAGUAUAGCAUGUGCAUACCCUUAACUAAUGGCUGAAGUCUAAUACAGAAAUGAAUGUCAAUAUAUUCAGUUAAAAAAAUAAAGUCUUCAUUUGUAUGCUACUCGACAUUUGAUAAGGGAUCAUGAAAGAAAUUUUAUUCAUAAAAAAUAGUUUUUAUUGCGUAAGUAAUUUAUACAUUAUUUGGCCUCUUGGAGUUGUCUUUGGUCAGAAUCCAAACUAUGUGCUUGAUUGGACACUUUUUAUAAGACCAAGAUAUAUGUACGGUUCUGUCCUGCCUUAUAUCAAAGAUGAUAUUUAAAAUAAAAGAUAAAUUGAAUCAGCAUUUGGAUUAAUUACAAGGGCUCUAGAAAUCAUUACUACUAUUUCUAAAACUACCAUUUUGAUGGGACACGGUAACACAUUCAUUUUUUAUGCGUGCUAUCUUUACGGGUGUUACAGGAAUACAUUAAAUUGCCUGUUGAAAUUCAAUAUUAAGGCAUCCGCUAUUUACAAUUUUUACACUGAUCAACAUGACAGGAAAUGAUUUAAUAUUAUUACUAAACAAGAGAGAGUUAAUGAGUGAACAUAAUUGCUAGAUUGAGUAAUGGAUUAAAUUCAUAUCCCUAUUAAAGGUCGGGCAGUAUUCAUGCUUCAAAACAGGUUUGUAUAAACCAUGAUUGUUUUAAACACCUCACGGUUACAUAGCAUGUGUUUAGUAACAAUUAUGACUUGUUAUAAACACAUUUGCAGUUACAUAACGUGUUUGUUAACAAUUAUGACUUGUUAUCUACUAAGUACUAAGCCAACCUUUGAAAACCCCCCCAAAACCCAUUGUGGUUUGCUGCAGUACAAUUGAUUUGAUGAACUCCACUGUAAUAUAUGACCAUCUUCUUGUAAUAGGAUUUUGGCUACCAUACAUCGGUUCUCAUAUAUAUUGUGUGCAGUUACUAAAUACUAGAUAAUGUUUUCAGAUAAAUAAAAAACCCAAUUCACCGACACACUGCUAUGACGUAUCAGAUGGCAGGUAACCAGGAAUGUUUCAACGCUUCCCAAAACGACACAGAAGCAGUUUUAAAACAUGGUCAGACCAUGCGUAAUGUACAGCGAGUAGAAAUGCACACUGUGAAUCUGUAAACUUUGUAUAUCGUAGUCUACUGUGUCACGUAGUAGUGUUUUAAUAAUAGAAGUCACGUACGGCAUACAUGUAUGUGUUUAGAAGCAAGUUACUGUUACAAGCUUUUUAACAAAGAUUUCAUUAUAUAAAUGAUUCGGAUUUGUUUUUAAAUACUUUGUAUUCAUGUAAUAUCUAGUACAUGUUUUAACAAAUGUAAGCUAAUUGACUUUAUGAGAAUCUGUUCACAGCUUGAAAAUGUGUGUGUGUGUGUGUGUAUAUUGUAUAGAGUAUCGUCAUCCAUCAUUGAAGUUGGUUAUCAACUGUUACGUUUACACAAGCACAUCAUUAUAGUUUGUCACCUCAUGUUUCUGUUUAUUUUUGGUAGUAAUUACAACAGGAGAAGAAGCUGUUAAAGGUAUUGUUUAUUAUAAAUAUAUCAUUAUAAAUUUAAUCUUAAAAUAUUGUAUCGUUUAUAAUGACAACAUUAUACUGAGGAUUACCAUUUCACUGUUUUACAUGACUAAGAUGUUAAUGCUUAUAUGACGAGUUUAAUUGCUGGAGUGCUGAUCACUGUAAUUGUGACUGAAAGGCAGAAAACAUAUAUAGUUAUACUUGUCGGAGUUUUUAGUCGAAGUAUAAACAUUGUAAUGAUGGCCAUUGUAACACUGGUUGACCUUUUACUGAACUUGUAAUAGUUGAUAAAAUAUAUUAGGUAUAUGACAUAAUGACAUACAUGUAUGUAACACUAGCAGUCCAUUUUUCCAUUAUAGUUUUAGUACAGAUUCAACUUAAAGGUAUAUUAGCUUAUCAGCUAACAGUUUUUACAAUAUUGCUUUAAACCUGAGUGGAAAUAUAAGACCACUUAUAGAAAGUUUUUUUUAACUCACAGUAUGUUAGGUUUAAUUUUGUAUUUUGGCUUGUUUGUGUUUUGGGUGGGGUUUUUUAUCAUCGUACAGCCCAUUUCAAACCCAAGUGCAAUAAGUAUAAAUGUUUUCACUGCCAUGUUGCAUAAUAUUGGAAUCAUGGAACAUCCAAUCAUAAUUGACAUUUCACGAUUCACGUUUUCCCAUAGGGUAAACCAAUCAUAAUCAAGAUAACUUCUGUUCAUGUUUUCCUUACACUAACCAAUCACAGUCUACAUUACAUUGGUUCAUAAUUUCAGUUGGGCAACAAAUCCCAAUCAAGACCACACCAGUUUAUAAUUUCAGUUGGGCAAUAAAUCCCAAUCAAGACCACUCCAGUUCAUAUUUUCAGUUGAAAAAUUAGUGGUAAUCUUCAUUAUUUCAGUGCAUAAUUUCAGUAGAGUAACCAAAUUUUAAUGUAUAUCACUACAGAUGAUAUUUUCAGUAGAACACCUACUGUCAUAGUCCGAGCUGGUUUAAGGAUCCGUAGGGUCUGUAGCACAAAUAACAGCGGGGCCUCCUUCCCAGGAUGUAUAUUUAUAACCCCCUCUGGGAGAGGGGAAAAAACGACCUGGGGAAAAUAAACGUACACAUUACCGUGGGGCCCCCUGAAGCAUGGGGGGGGGGGGUUGGGGGGCAUAUCACAUGCUACAUGUUCUAGGAUAAACUGGCUCUGGUCAUAAUACAAUGUAUAUAUGCCACUGAUACUCAGACUAAAUAUUUAAUACUUACAUUUUACAUGGAGAGCUUAGAAUCUAGCUUUUCUUGCAGUUUAAAUUUUUGUUUACAUUUUUUCUUUUCUUUUUUAUUAUGUUGAAAACUUAUUUUGCUUGAAGCCUAAUUAAUUAAUUAGUUUUGUUUAAUGUACUUUCGCCUCAACUGAAACGAAAUAUACAAAGGUCAUUAAUAUUGGCAUGUUUUUAAAUGUGUCCAAUUUACAAAUUAUAAAAGUAAUAGAGUUCACCCAUUUGAUAGUUGAUAAAAGCUAAUGAUUAUAAUAUAGGGCCUUUGUAUAUUUUUUAUUUUGGAGAAAUCAUUUUAAUUUAUUGUUAGAAUACCCCCAUUUUAUUCCAUUAACUACCUCUUUUAUUUCAGCUCUUGUUGAAUGUUUGCCUGUUGAGUAAUUUAAUUUUUUUUAAAUUCAUGAAUGAGUUGGAUAGAUGUGCCAAAUACCUGCAUUCCUUAGUUUGGAGGUACACUUCCAGUAUUGUAGUGUUUAGUUCAAAGGGCAAACAACCCAUUGUUUUAACACUUUCACCUCGACGUCUUUUUCACAUGAUGGCAAUUAAUUUUGAAAGGAUCUUGUCAUUAACUCGCAAAAUUAAAAUUGUUCAUUUCUCUAUGUGGUGUUUUCUAAAGAAUUAUUUGGUGACAUUUUUAGUGUGUGUGUUGUGUGUGCAUGUGUAAAAACAUGUGUACACUUAGAGUGUGCAUGUGCAUCAAGGAUUUGAACCCCUUCAAAAACAUCCACAUGUAUUGUCUUGGACAAACACUUUUUCACAGAUUUUUUGUAAAAUGAUAUUAACUGUAAAUAUCUGAAAUGGCCAUCUGAUUCCAUUUUACCAUACUAGACAAACCUAAGACGAAAAGAGGGUGAAAGUGUUAAAAGUAUUUUAUUAAUCUUUGCAGUUAGUACAUUGUAUGAUUUGUUCUGUUUAAGUUCUUAGGCAACAUUUUUAUUUAAAAGAAUUUAAUAUAAUCUUAUUUAAUGUUGUUUCAUUUGUGUUGUUACAUUGUGUUGCCAUACGUUUUGUAUCGGUUAUUAUUUCCAUCUGUACAUGCCUUUUGUUAUAUUAUGUUAGUGUUUAUAGCUUCCACUGUUCUGUAAAGUCCUCCACUGGUAGCUGUAGGUGGCGUUAGUGACAACAAGUGAAAGACAAACACCCAUUCACAAUUAUCAACAUUUCAUAAAUCUAAAACUAUGGGGAAGGGAGUUUAAAAAAAAUAAAAUUAAAAUACAUUUAGCAAAAUUGUAAUGUUUUAUGUAUGCUUUAAGAGAGAGGGAGGAGUGUAGUAAAAACAUUUUUUAUCUUUUUAAAAUGUUGAUAAUUAUGAAUAGUCCAUAUCCUGUAUAUAUAUAUGUAUGUAUGUACAUGUAACAAAUAAUCAUCAUCAUAGUGUGUUUGAUUUUUGCUGGAAAAGAGAUCUGAUUUGUUUUAAGUUCUGACAUUUAUUCACUGAUUACACUCAAUCUUUUGUCUUCUCCAAUAGAGAUUUCUGUUUUAUUUUAAUCUGAGGGAAAUUAUUUGCAAGCUGCUUUAUGUAUAUGUAGUGAACAUACCAUAACAAUCGAGAAUGAUUUUAAAUCUGUUUACAGUAUAUGGCUGGUAACAAAUACAUGUAUUGAAAAAUAAUGGUCUUAUUUGAAAUCUGUCAUGGCCAAGUAUUUUGCUUGUUAUUAUAAAUUGUUUUUAAAUUUAAAGGGAUAUGUUAUACAGUAAUCUCUAACAGAUUGAUUUAUUGAGUAUUUUCGAAAUAAAUUAAGGAGAUGAUAAAAGGUAGAGAUUUUGUUCAGAGAAAUAUGUUGAUCUGAACCCAACUCCUUUUUGCCCAUCAGUGCUAUAUUUAUAUCACAUUUAAUCAACUGUAUGUCAUUGUGGUAGUGUGGUCAUGACCAAGAUCUGGAUGUCGAACAAAAGACAUGAAGUAUUGUCAUUUCCUUUUGUAAUUCGUUCAUUAAUGAAUCUCGUGUCUUUUCGCAUUUAUUCAUCAUUUAUCCACAUUUAGAGAGGAUUUUCUCUUAUAUUAGUACAAUCAUAUUUAUUUUAUACUGUUUCUGUUUUAUACUUUGAUAUUAUGUUCUUAGUUUCUAUGAAUUAUGUAGAAUAAAGAAAUGGGCAGUAGACUCAGUCUUUUGAAGACAUUUCUGUGUACAGAAAAAGGACGACUUGAGUGGUUUAGCACCGAUUCAUGACAAAACAUUUGCAUAAUUAUUCACCAUACAGCAAAUGCCAUGUAUUUUUAAGUGUAUUUGUAAUCUACAUUUCACUCCCUAAUAAUGUUUAAUGGGAUAUAUAGAAAAAGAAUUUAAAUUAAAACAAACAAAAAUGUUAUGUGAUUUAUACAAUUCAAUGUUACAUUUUCAAUAUAAUAAUAUUCAUGGUGAAGAUAAUUUUACAUCAUAGUGAGUACCAUAUUUUCUAAGUGACCAUAACUACAUAAAAUCAUGUGGAAUAUAAAAGAGUUACCCUCGUUAUGUAGUUGUUUUGCAUAACUAAAACAUUCCUUUUAUCUGUGUGUGUUAGUUUAGUUUACUUGUUUCAUUAGAUUUUAUAAGACAAACCUAUUCCUUGACAAGAAGUCCAAGGGAUGGUCUUAAUUUUCAUUAAUUGUCUACAAAUAGUAGUGCACUAGUACAACUCUAGCAUGUCAAGUGUAUUACUGACCAUGAUGUUAACAUAAUUACAGUUGAUGGAAGUCUUGUUAUAGAUAGUGACCGUUCUUAGACUGACGACCAGUUCACAAUGUUAACUCUUUACAAAGAUUGCCUUUUGAGUUAAGGAUAAAAUCUUCUGUGCUAGAGGAUAUCAUGAGUUACGGAUAAAAUCUUCUGUGCUAGGAGAUAUAAUGAGUUACGGAUAAAAUCUUCUGUGCUAGGAGAUAUAAUGAGUUAAGGAUAAAAUCUUCUGUGCUAGGAGAUAUAAUGAGUUACGGAUAAAAUCUUCUGUGCUAGGAGAUAUAAUGAGUUAAGGAUAAAAUCUUUUGUGCUAGGAGAUAUAAUGAGUUACGGAUAAAAUCUUUUGUGCUAGAUCUAACAAAAGUGUUUGUAAUUAUAAAAUGUGUUGACACAUCCAACUAAUUGAAGUUUCCACAGGAAAGUGUUUACUGCCAAACGGAUGAUGACUUGAUUCUCCUUUCAUUUAUUGUCCUGGAGCCUAAUUCUAAUUCACAAAGGUCUCUUAGGCUCUGUUAGAUAACAUAGCAUCUUCUUUGCAAGUCUUUUAGCAUUGCACUGUUUAGAUUGCAAAGUUCUGAGAGUUUAGUGAAUUAGGCCCCUGGUCGUAUGUAAUGUAAAGAAUCUUGAAAUGUUUGUUUAAAAUUAUUUUUCAUGUUUCCUCAGUCAUGUUAUGACAAAGAGUCUUAGAUAACUUGGUUAAGUUCAAAGCAUAUUAACAGAUAUGUUAGCAAUUAAAAUUCAAAGAUAAUUUUGUGGAACUGGCCCCUGGAGUUUACUUGCCUCCAUUUAAACUGUUUAUGUAUAACUGACUUGUUUUUAUUACCAACUUGUGUUUGUCAACUUGCCACCAGAUGAAUGGGUUUGUUUUGAUGAGGUUUAUUACACACUAUAUGUUGAAGGAUGGGGUGGGCUGUUUUUUUUUUUUGUUUUUUUAAUUGGAUUACACACCAAGUGGGUGUUUGUAUACAUAUAUAGGUAUAAUUCGGAUAAGAAAAUGUAUGAUUUCAUUUUGGUAAAAUGAGUUUUUACUGGAAAUUUUAUUAUGUGUUGUUAAAGUGAUCAAUAACAUUUAGGAACAGGAGAUUAAAAAUACAUCAUGAUGCAAAACGUAGUGUUUUACCGGUAUGUCAUGGUAAUUCUGUUGAAUGAAUAUAACCCAUGUCCCCCAGAUUGUUGCCUGAGAGGUAGGUUGAUCAUUUAUGAACAUUCUUUUUUUGAGGCUUUCAGGUGGACAGAGGAAAUUCACAAUAAAACCUUAAUGAAUUUAUACAUUGUGCUUUAUACAAGUGGAUCACACAAUACAAUGAAAAUUGGUUUUCCAUAGAUUGUAUUAGAACAUAAAAUCUUGAUCAUCUUUCAAGCGUUUUUGGGGGAAAUAAAGGACCAUUUCUAAGUUCACCCAAUAGAUCAUACUGGGGUGGGGUGGGGUGGUUGGAAGGCAUUUAGUUAAUGCCAAUGUUUCUUCGUUGAAAUGUUUUCAAACAAAUCAUUCAUCACUGAUCAACCCAUGUUUCAACUUUCAUGCCAUUUGCCAUUUUAUCAACUUUCUCUUGGUCACAAUAUUGCCCGUGUUUCAGGGAAUAAACUAAGGCACUGAAAUGCCUUCAUUUAUUUAUCUGUUUGAUUUUGUAAGUUCACUUUAAAAAAAGAAAAGAAAAAAAGAAUGAAUAUAAAUUAGUAAAUUAAACUAUUCAGUGUUUUAUGCAGGUUGUAAAAUUCAGGUUAACAAAUUUAUGUUGGGGAAUACGGAUUCACUUUUUUGUUGUUGAAAGAUUGGCAAAAGGUAGUUUAUUAUAGCAGUUCCUUUGUUACAAUAAUAUCUUUACAUUAAUAUCUGUUAAAGUAUAAAUACAUACUAACGAGGCUUGCUGUUGGUUUUUAUUGGGGAGGGGGUGGUUCCUGUUUUUCAUGCUGGGGUAUUAUUAACCAUUUAUCCAUUAAUUUAUUCUUGGACACAGUUUUUUUUUAAUAAAUAUUUUGCUGUGAGAUUUCAUUGGCAACAUUUAAAUAAUUCAGUCAAUGUCCAGGGGCCUAAUUCACAAAGAUCUCUUAGGCUCCGCUAGACAACAAAGCAUCCUCUUUGCAAGUCUUUUAACAUUGCACUCGAAGAUCGCAAAGUUGCGAGAGUUUAGUGAAUUAGGCUCCAGUUAUGUGUUGGACCUGAAGAGCAAGCAAACAGUGCCUUUACAGCUGUCCAGUUUUUGUGGAAAUUAUUCCAGUAUUGUGACCAAAAGAGCAGCACCAUGUAAAGACGAUGUAUAUAAUUGAUGUAUUGAUGUUAUAUAUAUAUAAUCUGCUGAUACCUACUUGUGCGUUAUACAUGCUUGGUGUAAUCAUUUCAUUAAUUACUAGACUUACUUGUUUUAACUGUCCAUGGCCACCGCAGCAUAAUACUACUAUACAUCAAGAAAUGUUGCCAUUUUUAUUGGUUUUAAUUUUGAUUAGACUUUUUUUUAAACUUUAAAAUAAAAACAAAUUCAGUAAUUUGUUUUAUCAUUAUUAUGUUUUAUCAUUGUCAUGUUUUAUUGCUUUAAAAGUGAAAAAGAAGAAGAAAAGAUUAUUUAUAAACUGUCCAAUUUAUUAGGAACAGUCCAUUUAUCAUUAUUCGUAACAUAUUCUGUAGGGAAAAGACUUUGCUGGUGAUUGCUUACCUGGACUGCAUUGAAUAGAGAAAUUUACAUACAAGUUCUAAAUCAAUCAGUAGAAAAAAGCCUUUUGCAUAUUGUUAAAAAAGUUAGAUAAAUGUUCGGUUGACUACCAAAAAAAGUUCUUUAAUAUAUAUCAUUUUACACUGGUUUAGAUUUGGAAUCGGUACCGUUGAUGUUCACCAACCUAUUUUACAUUCAUUAUUCCAGCAAUAGGUCUAAUGGUGUGUGCUUAUGUUUUAAGACUUGGAAUCAGUACCUUUAAUGUUUACUAACCUAUUUUAUAUUGAUUGUUCCAGCAAUGUGUCUAAUAGUGUGCUGGUAUGCACUCUGGUCUAGUGACUUUCUUGAUGUUUAGUAGCUAUGUUGUACUGGCUGCUGUUGUAAUGUUUAGUAAAUCUGGUAUUGCGAAGGUUAUCGCUGUGCCAGUGUGUCACCCGUUUUCAUAAAUUCUUUGCUAAUAACGUUGGUUUGUGCUAACCUUUUCACAUAAAUCAAAAUAAAAUUAAACUGUGCUUUGAAA